UACCCGACGUGUUAUGUUUAUUUCGAAACGAAACGAAAAUGUGUUGAGAGCAAGCUUUUCCGAAUAAACUGAACUGAACAUGAAUGAGGCUAAGGACAAUGAGCAGACAAAACCCCCGAUUAGCUACACAUUCUUCAGUGAGGAGUCCGAGCUGAAGGCCAUACAGCAGCUGAUCGACGGAGAGCUCUCCGAGCCGUACUCGAUCUACACAUAUCGUUACUUCGUCUACAACUGGCCGGAGCUUUGUAUUUUCGCCCGGGAUGGCGAGCGCUAUGUGGGCGUGGUGGUUUGCAAGAUGGAGACCUAUGGCUGUGUGCUCCAGGGAUAUAUUGCCAUGCUGGCCGUGCAUGCCAGCUACCGCCUGCAGAAGAUUGGCACCACGCUGGUGGAGCGUGCCAUCGAUGCAAUGAUCGAGCACAAAGCGGAUGAGAUUGCACUGGAAACGGAGCUGACCAACAAGGCGGCACUGCGGCUAUACGAGAGCCUUGGCUUCAUACGUGAGAAGCGCCUGCUGCGCUACUACAUGAAUGGCGUGGAUGCACUGCGUCUCAAGCUGCUGCUGCCCUGGCGUCACUCCAGCGAUCAGUCUACAGAGGAUUAAUGAGCCACCUCCCAUUUGGUGUCCAUGCCCAGCUGCCAAAUUUAUUUGUUGUUGUGUUUUGUUGUAUUUUGUUGUUAAAUGUGGUAUGGCUUCAAUUCGAAUGUUAGCAC